UUCCCUUUUCCCUCCGGUAUAUAUAUCAUUUCCAUUCUAAACCCUAAACCCCUCUUGGUACACACACGACACAAAUGUAUCCAUACAAUUCUAAUAAUAUGAUGAGCGUUAUCUUCACCAAUUAGCAAUGUCGUCCACUUCAACUCCAGUACCGGCGCCAAUGCCUAGCGCAAAUGCGCCACCACCAUUCCUUGUGAAGACUUACGAUAUGGUGGAUGAUCCGACUACUGACAAAAUCGUUUCGUGGAGUACCAAUGGAGACAAUAGCUUUGUGGUUUGGGAUCCUGCAGAGUUUGCUAAGGACUUAUUGCCUAAGUAUUUCAAGCACAAUAACUUCUCCAGUUUCGUUCGUCAGUUAAACACUUAUGGCUUUAGAAAGGUUGAUUCGGACCUCUGGAAAUUUUAUAAUGAUGGAUUCAUAAGAGGUCAGAAGCAUCUGCUUAGCAAUAUUACUAGGCGGAAGCCUGCUCAUGGACACAGUCAGCAGCAGCAGGUGCAUGGUCAGGGUGCAUCAGUUGGUGCUUGCGUUGAGGUUGGAAAGUUUGGGCUUGAGGAAGAGGUUGAGAGGCUGAAAAGGGACAAGAAUGUGCUUAUGCAGGAGCUGGUUAGGCUGAGACAACAGCAGCAGACUACUGAUAAUCAGAUGCAAACUGUGGUGCAGAGCCUUAAGAUUAUGGAGCAGCGGCAGCAACAGAUGAUGUCGUUCCUGGCAAAAGCUGUUAACAGCCCUGGAUUCUUGGCACAAUUUGUACAGCAGCAAAAUGACAACAAUAAACACAUGAUGGAAGGCAACAAGAAACGCAGGAUUAGACAAGAUUUUCCUUCAGAUGAUCGCUCUGUUAGCCCUGCUGAUGGACAGAUUGUGAAGUACCAACCUAUAAUGAAUGCGGCAGCGAAAGCAAUGCUCAGGCAGAUAACGAAACUAGAUUCUUCUCCUAGAUUAGACAACUUCAGCAACAGUCCUGAAAGUUUACUGGUUGGCAAUGGUUCACCCCAAUCUAAUGCAUUAGACGGUGGAAGUAACAACCAAAUUUCAGGAGUCACUCUUCAGGAAGUUCCACCCACUUCUGCCCAGCCAUUUGCCAGUGCAACUUCAGCUGUUGCCGGGCAAAGUUCAUUGUCUGCCAACAUUCAGUUUUCAGAGAGCAGUUCUCUGGUUGGAGCUCAAGGUUUGCCGCCUGUUUUGCUUUCUCCAUCAGAUAUGAUUAUGCCUGAGCCCUCACAGUUACAAGAAACUGUGCCUGAAAACAAUAUGGAUAUUAAUGGAUCCAAAACGAGCAAUGGUUCUUUCAUGGAUCCCACAUUGGGUGGAAAUGGAGAAUUGCCAUUGGAAAUUGAUACUUUUUCUCCCGACCUUCAAAUUGAGUGGGAGAGUGCUUUGAUGGACGAUGUAGGAGAGCUUCCUAGUGUGUGUGAUCCCUUCUGGGAAAAGUUUCUUCAAAGCCCGUUCCCUACUGAGACAGAGGAGAUGGACUCGGUUGAUAUUGAAGAUAUUAAGACUACUGAAACUAAGCCACUAGAAAAUCGACGGGACAAUCAACACAUGGAACAUCUUACUGAGCAAAUGGAGCUUCUAAGAUCAAACAGUAAAAAAGUAUGAUUGGUCACCAAAGAAAAUGUGCAUGAGAGUGUGGUGAGGUGGGGGAGAUCAAUCCAUCAUCCAUGGUGGUUAAACUCUGCUCUACGAUAUGGGGGAGGUUCUGCAAAACAUAGCUUAGCGUCAGAGAGAUCCAUGAGCUGUUCGACUAUGCUUACAUGCGCUUUUCGGUCUGCAUACCCUCUUGCUUUGCACACUGAGAAAUCUACUAUCCUAAUCCUAUCAAAGAGAUGAUCAGAUAUGAAGUUGCAACUCAACCUCUUUCUGGGAUUCUAGGAAUUUUUGCUUAUAAGAAGUUAUGCUCGGGUUUGGUCAUUUGGAAAAGAAAAUGUUGAUUGAACAGGUCAUGUAAGAGGCAGAUGAUGAAGCCGCCUUCUCUUCAGAUAAAGAGGUCUCUGACACUAUAUUAUCGGUUUAGAGCAACUUUAACUAUGUUAAUUUCUCGGGCCUCGACAAAGAAUUUACUUUAAAAGGAAUAUAGGUUUAUCUUUCUAGCACAUUAUGCAAGAAUAGCUUGCUAUUGACAGGAUUGAUAUAUUAAGCAAUUGGACAUAAAA